AUGGGUAGGCAGAAUGGGGAUUCAACUAUGGUCAACUCCUCCAUCGCCCUUCUGCAAGAAAGAUUUAGACAGCUUGAAAGAGUGAGAGAAAAGAGAGAAGAGAAAGAGCUGUUAAAACUGUUUGCUGAGCCUGAUCCGAUGGCUCCAGCAGCCCGUUCUGAACGCAACAAGUCUCCUCAGCUAGAGAUGAUGAUCCCACCUCACAGACCUCCUCUUCAGGAUUCACUCUCUCUAGGCCUUAAUUCUCCAGGAAAGCGACCCGAUUUUCGAGACAGCACAAUCCCAUCAUCCUCAAACUUAUGGCCAAUAAGUUCAACCAGCCAAAGCACCUCAAGAAAUUUUGAUAAUUCUGAUGUUGAUACUUCCCUUCAUCUGUAG